AGUAGCCCAGAGACACUUUAUUCCGUGACGAGGUUUGAUCAACACUCUUAAGUUUAUGGGAGAGCGAAAGAUUACGUUUUUAUUUCGUUCUCCGCGCGUAAAUUAUAUAGAAUAGCCGCGCAGGUGCGAUUUUAUUGCAGUUACAUAAAAAAAGCUCCAGUGACUGCCUGCAUUGAAUUCGACUUUGAAAGUGAACCUCAGGGGUCUUAGAAAAACAAUUUGAAUAGAAACUGUGCUAGGCGAUGUAGACGCUUUAAAACGUCCAGAACUGACUGUAAUUUCGGAUUAAAGUCCACCAUGGAGGUCCGUCCAGCGCUCACGUGUGUUUUGUUCAGCGUGUUUCUGUGGACAGGAGACGCUCAGCACUCGGUACCUGAUUCAGUUUUAAACUGCUGUGAGGGAGAUGUCCUCUUCCUCCUGGACUCCUCUGGUAGCGUGGCCUCCUACGAGUUCUUCCGUAUGGUGGACUUCCUCAAGGAGCUCCUGCUGCCUUUCUCGCUGGGGCCGGAUCAGGUGAGGGUGGGACUGCUGCAGGUUGGGACCGAACCUCAUCUGGAGUUCAGCUUUGACACCUACAGCUCCCAGGACGGACUGCAGACGGCCCUGGGGAGGGCUAAACAGCUGAAGGGCGACACAAACACGGUGGAUGCUCUCCUGAUGGCUAGGAACCAGGUUUUGAAGCAGGGCGUGCCGGGAGGUGCCAGACCAGAUCUGCCCAGGGUUCUGGUUUGGCUCACGGAUGGAGUGGACCCCGGCGAGGUGCAGGAACCAAUGGCGAGGCUGCGGGAAGAGGGCGUGGCCGUCCUGGUGGUUUCCACUGGCCACGGGAACUAUAAGGUGCUGAGAGAGGCUGUGAGUCCACCCGCCGAGGAGCACCUGUUCUUUGUGGACAUCGAUGAUAUCAACAUCAUCAGCGAAGACUUGAGGAACGCAAUUAUUGAGAUUAUCCGGGCCGAGAGGCUACAGGUGAAGUCGGUCACCAGCACUACUGCUCAGCUGGAAUGGAGGCCUGUGUUGGCCGGCACUGGCUACUAUGAAAUCCAGUUUGGUCCCAUCCGAUCAGGGCAGACCGGAGGGCAGGUAUCUCCAGGCACCAGUCCUGGCACUGGUUUGGGUCCUUUCCAGAGGAUCACGCGUAGCGGAGAUGCCAGCUCUGCGAUGCUGACUGGCCUGCGUCCAGACACCACGUACACAGUCACGCUCACACCGAAGGCCAACCUGGAGUUCCUCAACUCUCUUCACACCACCUUCAAAACCCAGCCAGUGAAUCCUCCUCAGCCGGAGGUGCAGACUCUGUCCACAGUGAGCGUGUCAGAGUCCAGCACUAACAGUGUGCGUGUGAGCUGGGGUCCGCUGCUGCCUCACCUCAUCCAGGGGUACACGCUGGAGUAUUCAGCGCUUCCUACAGGCCCGCUGCGGGUCGUUAGCGUCAGUAACAGACAGGACUCAACAGUCCUGACCGGUCUCCAGCCCGACACACAGUACCUGGUCACCGUGAGUGCGAGACAGGCCUCCGGCAGAGAGAGAGCCAUGACGGUUAAAGUCUGCACACAGGAGGUGUUGCCAGCUCUCUCAGAUCUGCAGCUGCAAACAGUGGGCAAUGAGUCAGUGCAGCUCCGCUGGAAGGGGAGUCAUGAUGGUCUCCGUGGCUACUGGGUCACAUGGGAGCGAGGUCAGAGCCAGCGCUCCACCCUGUAUCUACCACCCAACCGGCUCUCUACCACCCUUAACCAUGUGCCCUCCAGGGCCCGUGUCUGCGUCUCUCCGGUGUACCGGACGGCCCGUGGGGAGGGACUCUGCUGCACUGCUUAAAUGCGCUACGCUGUGUUGACCUGGAUCUGUGGAGAGCCAUUCUACCAAAUAUGAAAGAAGUGGGAAUGAACAACACCAAAAACUUCCCACAAAUAGACAGAUGGGAGGACGGGGAGUCUAGGACACUGUAGCGGUUUGAAUACUUAUACCCCAUAGAUGGUGAUCUUUAAACACACCCACACAACAUGCACUGACAAACAAGCUCCAAUCCAUGCUUGUAACACAGAGACUAAAUGAGUCUGAACUCAAAAAUGACCUUCUGGAGAAUCAGACUUUUAAAGGAAUGUUUCGGGUUCAAGUUCAGUGCUAUUGACGGCUGAGAUCUGUGGCUUGCUGUGUAUUACCGCAGUCCAGAGUUCAUUUCUCGCAAUUCGGACUUUGUUUCUUGCUAUUUUUAGGAGAAAAGUAAGAAUUGCAUGAAAUAAACUCAUAAUUCUUAAAAAGAGUUUAAAUCAUAGUUAUUUUUUUCUCACUUUUUUUUGCCUCAAAGCUCAAUUUUCACUUCUCGCAAUUCUGUUUUUUCCCCUCCAUUGAAUAAAAAAUAAAGUUAAUUGUGACUUUUUCUUGAAAUUUAUAUCACACAAUUCAACCUUUUGCAAGUUCAUAUCUGACAAUUUCGAGUUUAUAUCUCACAAUGUGGACUUAGUUUCUUUUAAUUCUGAGGGGGAAAAAAGUAAGAAUUGCAAGAAAUGACCAGAAUCGCUUGAUAUAAACUCACAAUUAUUUUUUGACACAAUUCUCAGUGUAUCAUUAGAUUUUUUAAUUACUACGAAUUCUGAGUUUACAUCUUAGUAUUUUUUUCCACCGCAGAAAAAAAGUUAAUUGAAAGCUUUUUUUUUCUUGCAAUUGCAAGCUUAUUUUUCAUAAUUAUGAGAGGAAAAGUGGCAAAUACCCUUUUAUUACAGUAAUGCACUUAUAAUAGAAGCCUAUGGGACAAGACAUUAAACAGUCUGUUGUUAUUAUCCUUGUGCAUUUUGAGUGAAAGUUACAGGUUUUACCAACUUUAUAUUGUCAUGAGAGAAAGACUUUGACAAAAUUAGCUAUUUUAUAAUGCAGCUAUAUUCAAAACCGUGUGUAUUUCAACAUUCAUGUGCAGUUUCUUUUACCACUUCUUCCAAAUGAACCCAUGAUAUUCCUUUAAAUUGCCAGAAAGUUUACCUAUAAGAAAUGUAAUUUUUUUUAUUAAGAGUUAUAUCUCCAAAGCAAUAGUAUGUAAAUAUCCUACUAAUGCUUUCUGAGUUAUAUUUAUCAUAGGUAUAGUUGGUUACUGUAUAUUCUAGAUUUCUGCAUACAGUUGGAAAUGGGAACAAUAAGACGGUUUUAGGGGGAAUCUGAAUAACUUCCAUCACUGGUUUUUCUUUAAGGUCAAUGCAUAGAUUGUAACCCUGCUUGAGUUACACGUUACCAUAACUACAAAUUUUGUUAGCAGUGAAACUGAAAAUCUGGCACGGAUUUUAAUCACUGUGGCUAAGUAUUAAGACUUUGCAGAUGUCGGUUGCAGAUGUUUCCUGGUUCAAAAGGGCCACAACUGGUUUGUUUGAAGAAAAGUGACUCUUUCAGUGGGUCAAGCUUUCCCCAGUGCAUGCAUACUGUAGACUGGAUUUAUCAUUCAUAGGAGAAUGUUUUUCUCUGUAGUUGUGUCUUAACAGGCAAACAUACUGUAUGUUCGCAGGCUGGAUCAAGGUCUUAAAAUAGUGUUUAAGAAUAGAUCAUUUCAUUGGUACAGUAUUUAAUGGUUUUCAUCCCAUUUCAGUGUCAUUAUACAGGAAUUUAUUUCUAUUCAGAAAAUUCUGCAUCUUAUAUUUUGUGUCUGUUUGUUGCAACAUAAUGACAAGUUGGGUUUUCUGUAUUAUAAAAAAGGUGCUUGUUCUUUCCCAGCUUGGCUGCAUGUCUUACACAUCACGGUUUUCAAAAAGAUUUUACUUAUUAAAUAACAACAAAAAAUAUA